GAUCUCUUCUUCCCUGCACUGCGUUCUGACUCCAACCCGAACCGGGCUGCCUUCAUAGCCGCCCGAUGAGAGCGAGGCCCCUCACUCCGAGCACCCCUGUCCUCUCCAAGGCCCAAGCCAUCGACAUCGUGUGUCGCUGACCGACUGCAGCUCCGAAGGGCAGGAGCUCGAGACUAAACCCGUCCAAAAGGUCGGCGAGUUAUCCCGGGUGCCAGCAUGGAAAAGAGUUUGGCCGGCUCGGCAAGGGGUGCGAGCAGGGCGGCGGUGCUGCACUGCUCCAGGCCUCCAGCCUUUGCACCAGAGCCGGCUCCCACCAACAAAGUGCCGCUUCUCAACCUCAAGAAGAAACAUGCCCAGAGGCAGUUGGAGGCGAGGAACCUCAGAGCUCUAGGAUUGAUCCUCACCAGUUUGCUGCGAUCGGACAAAUUAAGCGACGGGGUUUUUCUUUCCCGGAGCUGUGAAGAAAAUCGGACCAGUUUAUUUGAACCUUUGAAAAAUGACUCAGAGACUCAGGCAUGCUCUAAUUCUGCAAAUAGUGUUUCCACACGAAUUCCGUCAGCAGGGAGCAUUGAGCAGAUGCGGCAACCGCCAGUGGUGCAGCACGGUGCCCAAGAGCCUGGGGGCCCCGCCGAUCACUCCUUCGCCACCGAGGCAUCUGCAAUGAUCUCCACUGCUGCAAACUUGCCAUUCCAGAUCUCGGCACAUUCCACUCAAGAUGUUGUCACCACAGAGUGCUUCGACAUUACGGGCCAGCCUCACGUCAAUAACUUGUAUCCCGAUUUGCCUAACCAGGUUAAGGCCGAAAAAGAUUUUAAAACUGGCAUAUUUCAGGAUAAGAGCGAGGAGGCGUCAAUCGACCUAGUCUUUGAUCUUUUGACCCAGUUACAGUAUCACACUCAUCAGGACGAUGGAAUAGAAAUAUGUGAAGAAUUUUUGCAGGGAAUUUGUGCUUAUGGAAAUGACUGUCCAAAACAUCACACCGUGCUGCCUUAUCAAUGGCAGCUGAAAAAUAUUAUAACUCAGGCAUGGCAGGCGGUGCCAGACGAGGCACAGGAACAUUUGGAAAGGCUCUACUGCAAUCCUGACAAUGACCAAGUUAAGCUCCAAUAUCAGGGGCGUGUCUUCUCACUGGACCUUAACUUAAUGACAGUCUAUGAUGUAGAAUUUAACCACGUGAGGAGACUGUCUACUGCCUCUGUAGCACGUUCUGGCUCACAAUUUCACACUGUUUGGAAAUACUAUUGCAGAGAACACUUUGGCUGGAGAGAAUAUUCUGAGGCAGUUGUUCGAUGCAUUGAGGAAGCCUCAUCUCGAGGCAUGAGUGAGAUUUGUUUCGUAAUGCAGCAAAAUCGGUACAUCCUGAAUUUAAUGGAGGGCUUUCAGCAAAAUGCUGUCUUUGGCACUCGGCGACGAAUCACCCGCCGACCCUUAUUUCGCUCCCCUGUCUUGCUGAUACCCUGUUUACAAACUUUAGGUGGCACAACAGGCACUCUUGCAAAGUUACCAGAAGGAUCCAUUUCUCCGCAUAUUGACUUCCCUGCUGUGACUCCCUUUUCAAAAGUCUAUCCUGAAACUUGGAUUUCAAUGGAACUAUUAGAGGAUUUCAUUCAAGUGCCGGUUUCUAUAGAAGACAAAAGCUACAGGACUGUGUAUAAUCUUUUCCACAAAACGAUACCUGAAACUAAAUUUAAGAUUUUGAAUAUACUAAGAGUACAAAAUCCAUAUCUUUGGGAGAAGUAUAAAAGGAAAAAGGAGUACAUGUCACGAAAGAUGUCUGAAAUGGAUAAGAUCCUAAAUGAAAGACAUUUAUUCCAUGGGACCUCCCAGGAUGCAGUGGAUGCAAUCUGUAAACACAACUUUGAUCCCAGAGUGUGUGGAAAACAUGCCACUAUGUUUGGACAAGGCAGUUAUUUUGCAAGAAAGGCAAGCUAUUCUCACAACUUUUCAAAGAAAUCUCCAGAAGGUGUUCAUUUUAUGUUCUUAGCAAAAGUUCUUAUUGGGAAGUACACGUUGGGCAAACCUACAAUGCGGAGACCACCACCACAAUCUCCUGCUGACCCUUCCAGUGAUUUGUAUGAUUCCUGUGUGGAUAACUAUCUAGAACCUCAGAUUUUUGUAAUCUUUAAUGAUGAUCAGAGCUUUCCUUACUUCAUUAUUCAAUAUGAGGAAGUUGGAAGUACAGUAAGUCUUUGAUGAAUAAAGACUGGAGAUGCCACAGUGAACUGAACUUAUGUACACACUAUAGACUUGUAUGUGAAAACUGAAUUUACUGAUGACCUAAAUGACUCACUAAAUUGCCAGCUACUGUGAGACUUCUGCAUUAGCAGUACCCUGACAAGUGUAAAUAACUAAACUUUGCCUUGAACAUUGUUCAACUGUUUUAUGUGCCUCUUUGUGAAUGUGUAUUUAUAUAGAAAAAAAGUUGCUCAUUUUUAAUUCUGAAGUAUUUGAGAAAAAUGUAUACUUGACCCGAGUACAGUAGUUUAUUUUUUAAUUAUCAGAAGCUAAAGUGUGAAAAUUAAAUGUUGACCAUUUUUUUAAACCAAAGUUUUUAUGUUGAGAUAUUGAUGGUGAUUUCAGUAAAAUGUAGCAACUGCCAGAGGUACAGAGGAAAAGGCAAUGCAUUAUGCUUACCUUACUUGCAAGAGAUAAGAUCUGCCACAACAUUCAUGUCAUCUGCCACAGGAAAGGAAGCCCUUACCGUGAGAAAGGCCCAGUUGAUACUUUCUCAGAGCUGUGAAUUGUGAAGUUUGGUUCUUUGGUCCUUUGGUCCAGUUUCUUCUCCUCCUCUUCUCCCCCCCCCCCGCCCCCACCAAAGAAACCAACAUAUAGCAGAUGGGGACGCUUUACUAAUGGCUAAAAAUGGAAGUGUAGACAUUGAUUGUAUUCUGCUUCAUUUAGCAAUCAAAGAAAAGAAAGUUUUAAACUGAACAGUCCCUUAUUGAAUUAAUACCAAAAUUGUUUUAUAAUCCUAACCUUAAAAUUUUCUUUGGCUGUACAUAGUAAUAGAAUAAUGGUGUAGUUGUUCAAACCACAACAUUAAGCUGCAAUGUCAAUGUGGGUCUGUUGGGUUUGAUUGUAAAAUGAAUGGCAAGAACCUGAGUGUAAGACUCAUUUGGCCCAACACUGAGAACCUGACUGUCCUUACUAGUAUCCAUGUUACGUAAUUAACCUGAUCUGAAGGAAAGUCUGUUACAGUAAUUGAAACAGGCCUGUCGGUCGGUCUCAAAUGUCAUUGGAUUGCAUUAUGGAAGUAACUGUAAACACAAGCAAAUCACAUCUUUCUAGUUAACUUAUUCAAGACACUGGCCUCUGGGAGUGGUGCACUUCCAAGCAUAAAUGCCAAGCUAUUAGCAGACAAAUCUUGAAGGAAUUUGCUUGUUUCCAAUUAUUUUGUCUCAUGGAUUAUUUCACUUUGAAACAAUGCUGAAUUUUGGAAGUUACAGUGCCAUUGAGUAGCUGCUGCUUUUAAUAUAAUAAAACAAAUUGUGAUCUGGCUAGACAUGCCAGCACCAUUUAUGUGCACUGUCCUAGAAUCAUUUGACUGAAGCUUUGAACCAGAGCUGAUUAGGAAGCUUGAGCUAAAGGAACUGUUAGGAGAUGGAGAUCAUAGUAAGAUAGAAUUCUCCCUGCAGUUUGAGAAGGAGAAACUAAAAACAAAUGUAAAGGUAACUACAGAAGUAUUAGAGAACAGCUGCCCAAAGUUGACUGGAAAGAGACUGAUGUAAGAACAGCAGUGGAUGAAGUUGCUGGGAGCAAUUCAGAAGGUGCGAGAUAGAUUCAUCACAAAGUAGUAUCCUAAAGUAAGGAUGAGGCAACUGGCUCAUAUGGGAAGUCAAAGACAGUGUAAAAGCAAAAGGGACAGCACAAUAUAGCAAAGUGAUUGGGAGGCUUGUAAAUGCCAGCUGAAGGCAACUUUUAUUUUCAAAAACACAUACUCAAUAAGGAGAGAAAAGAUGAACUAUGUAGGUAAGCUAACCAAUGUUUAUUUUCAGGUAUAGAGUAAAAGAGGCAAGAGUGGACAUCUGACUACUGGAAGUGACAUUAGGGAGGUAGUAAUGGGGGAUAAAGAAAUGGCUGGCAAAAUGAAGUAUUUCAUGUUUCUCUUCCCUAUAGAAAAUUUCAGCAGUGUCCCACAAAAUCUAGAGUGUCGGAGAGCAAAAGGUGUUAACUUUCCAUUGAAGCAUAGAGAGGAGAAUGAGCAGAAGCCAUGCCAAGUAGGGCAAAUGACAAAUAGAAAUAGUUGGUUGUAUGCAUUCAGUCUUCUGGGAGAAGUUCUCCUAUGUGACACUACUACAGCGCGGGGUGUUGUCUGUAAAGGGUCUCUGUAUGUGAAAUGCAUAGGUUUUCUCUGGGUCCUCCAAUUUCCUCCCCCCAGCCCAAAGAUGUAACGGGUAGGUUAAUUGGUCAUUGGAAAUUGUCCCAUGAUUAGGUUAAGGUUAAACUGAGGUUGUUGGGGUUUGCCGGAUGGUGUGGCUCAAAGGGUUGGAAGGGCCUCUUCUGUGCUGUAUCUUAAAAUAAAAUAUAACUCUGCACCUACUGCAGGUGUGACUACAAACUCAGGAGUAGGAUGGGUUUUACCAAACUAACUGGUUCUAAUAGUAGUUAGUUAGGAGUAUACAACCUAUCCUGCUCUGAUUUGCCGUCGUGCAUUCUGAGGUGCAGAUUUCCAGGAGAAUAUCCUUGUAAGGUCAUCCUUGUAUUUCCCAGAGAAAAUCUGUACAACAAACGAUUGACAAGAUUGCCAUGACAACAAACAUCUGUGGGUUUGGUUCCUUCACAAUAGUAUUGGAGGAUUUUUUACACGGCACAAUCUGGCACUGUUAUAUCAAUUUGGUCACUGACACUACAUUCCACCUUGUCAGGAACCAGCAGGGGAACUUUGCUAGGGUGCUAACCACUCAGUUGUGUAUGGUGCUAUUGAUGACAGUCUAUUUCCAUCAAGUGUGUAAUCAUAGCCAUGCAGGUUCAAUGCCUGUCAGGAAUCAGACUGCCUUUAUUCUGUGCUGUCCAUUGUCUCAGCUGCAAUUAAGUAACCAUGAUAAAUCAAAGGAGAACACCUGGGAAAUGUUAGCUUUCAGAGGGUGAAAGCUGUGGGACACUAAGCAGGCUAUUAACAUACUGAAAAUGCAGUUUUAUUAUCUGGACUAUUCACCGGGAAUUCUCCAAGACUGGAUGUCAAGAUUCAUGGUGACUUUUCAACAGAAAAGACUUCGCUGUUCCACAAGACAUUAGGAUAACUGCAAAAGUGAUGCUGCAGUGUGAUGUUUGUAAGCAGUAUGGUAUGAUUUAACCAAUAAGGUGAUACGCUAUCAUUAUGAGGGGCCAACAAGGGACUUGGUUUAUUGUUAUUGCUUUGUAACUUGGUAUGUUCUGUCAUGCAUUCUGGCCACACUGUGUUGGCAUCAGAAUGUGUGGCGACACUGAUAGGCUGCCCCCAGCACAUCCUUGUUAAUGCAAACAACACAUUUCACUGUAUGUUUUGAUGUACAUGUGAUAAAUAAAUCUGAAGCUAAACAAAAAACAUGAUGAUGAGGAGGAAGGUGGAAGAAGUGAGGAAGCAGCCCAAGUUGCCAAAAUUGAUUUAAAAAUUCAUACAACCAUAAUGGCAAUUUCAAUUUGAAUCGCUUCCAAUUUGCCAUCUCUGUCACUGACAUCUAUUUGACCAUAUUUUGAAGUUAGGUACUAUCAAUGCUAUCACUAAAAAAAAAAGUUCCAAAUUCAAGUCCUGAUGAAGGAUCUCAGCCCAAAAUGUCAACUAUUAUUUCCUCUCCAUAGAUUCUGCCUGACCUCCUCCAACAUUUUGUAUGUGUUGCACUGGAUUUCCAACAUCUGCAGAAUUUCGUGUGUUCCAAAUGAAAUAUUAUACAUUUUAAUGCCAUACAGAAGCAAACAUCUCUACUCUCCCCAUUCCAUUACCUUUACAGUUAUUCUACAGUCUUUAGACAGUGCUUAUUAAGUGGCAGCGUGGCUGGUGCAGUGUUUCUAUCUUGCAGGGCAGGGAGUGCCAAUGGUGACCGAGGACAAUACAAGGUCUAGGGCUUAAAGGGAUAGCUGUGGAUGACAUUCGGUGGUUAUUGUAACAGCAAUCUGGGCUGACGGGCAGGCAACAGUAAGAGAAUUUGGAAUGAUGGAUGAGAGGGCAAUGAGUUCAAAUACCCUGCCUGAGCAGCUAUCCCUCAAUCAGUGGAGAACAGGUUUCUGGGGUAUUAAAUGAUCCUCCAGGUCCCUUCACACAUUAUCAUCCAUAGCCAUUAUGGAGUCCAAGCUACAGUUGCAACUCCCAGAUCUUAACAGGCCCCUGCUUUUGAUGGAAUGGAAUUUGGACCUUGGGUCGUUUUGGUGGGACCAGCUGAGUGCAAAGUCUGUUGUCCACCAUUUCUGUUGGGUACCUUGUAAUCUGCGAAGUCCUGCUCCAAAUUGGAGGCCUAAUACUUCCAUACUCCUUGAUAUUAGACCCUGCCUUUCCAAUUCAGCAAGUAUUUUGUUGUUCUUCUGUAGUCUUCUUCUGGAACUUUCAUGUGUGUCACAGGAGUGCUCAUGUGUAAUCUCAACACCUCGCAAGUUGGUAUUGGCAUCGUCCUGGCUGCAAGCCAUGUGUGCCAAAUGAUUACCACAUGGAAAGUCAAUUUCUGCUCUAUCCAGAUGGUCUAACUUGAGCUGGUGGCUCUUGAGUGUGUGAAGAUGUGACAUCAGUGUCUUGUUCUUCCAUGGCCUAACAGAGUUGCCAUUUUGAGUAAAUAAGGCACAAGGGUUGAGUCAUGGUACAAAUGUGCAGAAUCAGAGGAGAAUAUUCAGAGAGUCAUUCAACAUGGAAGCAGCUUCUUUGGCCCAACUUAUCCAUCCAAGCAAAGAUGACUAUUUACAUUAAUCCCAUGUGUCCAUAUUGCUCUAAACCUAUCCUUUCUACAUUACAUGCCCUAUUGUCCUUUAAAUGUGGUAAUUGUACCUGUCUCUACCACCUCUUCUGGCAGCUUGUUCAAUAAACUCAUCAUCCUCUGGAUGAAAAACUUGUCCCUCAGAUUCCCUCUAAAUUUUUCCCCUCUCACCUUAAAUGUAUGCAUUCUAGUUAUAGAUUUCUUUACCCUGGGAAAGAGAUUAUACCUAUAUACCCUAUCUAUUUCCCGCAUAAUUUUAUAAAUCUCUAUAACGUCACCUCACAGCCUCCCUCUGGGGAAAACCAUCUCGGUCAUUCCAAUUGGUAGAUCCAUAGUCACGCAGCACAGAAACAGGCCCUUUGGCCGACGUGAAGCUACAAUUUGCAGUGUGCAAUGAGAAGAAGGAAGGAUUGGGGAGAGAGAUUACAGUAACUACCAUGGUUUCAGCCAUAGCUGUUCCAACAGUGGCUAUUUCUGUCUCCUCCACUGGCACCAAUUAGCUGCUUUUUCCUCCCUCCUGUCAUGUGGGAUGGAAGUGUGUGUGUAUUGUGUAGUUUGUAUGAUGUGGUGUCACAAUUGAAUAACCAGUAUUAUACGCUCCCUGAGAAUGGUGGCUUCUUAUUAUUGCUAAGUGCUUGAGGAUAUGGUGCAGCAUUUAGAAUUAGGGAGCAGACCUGUUUGAUAGAAAUUGUUGAUACAUCUGAAGCUAAUAAUGCAGUCAGAAGGGUGGCAUUUGAAGAUAUGGUAAGUGAUUAGACUACCUGCGCAGAGUUAUUAUUUGUAAAUGUCUUUCUAACUGUAUCUAGUUUGUCAGGACUGACCCCAGGUACCAACAAGUGAAUCUGCACAGAACCUACUUUCUCCCACAUAGGCCCAUUCUUCCCUGUGCAGAUUUGCUUGCAGAAUGAUUUCCAACACCUCCUGUUGCCUCCUCUUUUAAUCAAUGUAAGCUAAUGGUAAUUGUCACUCAUUAAUGAUAUUCACUCAACCAAUGGGGCAAGGAAGUCUGGAUGAAUUCUGAAAUCGUAUUCACAAUAGAUAAUGAAGUUAAUUUUCAGUGUGCCGUCUAGUCAAAAGGUGCACGCUUACUGUAAUACCCAUGCUUGUUUGGCAGAUUUUAAAUUUAAUCAUUUUGAUUUCUCUCAUACUGUAGAUAUAUUGUCAUUAUUGUUGUUAUCCUGUAGGGUCAAAAUAUUAGUGUCAUCAAUAAAAUAAUACAGAAUUACAUUAUCAAAGAAUAUAAUUAUUAUUACUAUGGAUUGCAGUUCUAAAAUGCAUGCAAUAAUAAGCAGAUAUAGAAAUCCAUAGAUAAGAUCAAAUGGAAAGUAUAUAUAUCAAUGGGAUUGAAAAUUUAGUUUGAUUUGAAUUAACAUCCCUGAUAACUAUAUCCUGUACUUGGUGGAAUAUUCAAAAUUGAGCCUGAAACUGGAGAUAAAUCUGUGCAUGUUAUAUUCCUAGCUCUAGUUUCAGUCUGAAUCAAUUUUAUGAAUUAGUCAGCAGGUAGACCUAUGUAUUUAAUUUACAGACUAUCAGAGACACUGAAAGAAUAAGGCAGAAAGUUUCGAGAGAAGCCUGUUUUAAGCAGAGAUAUUAUGACAGAAUUUUUCACUCAUUUUCCUAUGUGAAACUGGAGCACUUUGUUCUUUGUAAUAGUCCUAUGAUAUUUCAGGUAUUUAACACUGUGUCUUUAAUAGUCCCAAGCUUGGGUGACACAGUAGGGUAAAAAGUCAUUUGAAAAAUUACAGGCUUUUGGACCUAUGGCAUAAUGCCUCAAGCAUGACAAAAUAUAAUAUCAGAUAAUAAAAUAAUUGAGAAAAUCUAAGAGCUACAGGUGCUGGAACUCUGAAUUGAAAAUAAAACAAAAUGCUGGAAACACUCAGCAAGUCAUGUGGCGAAAGAGUUAAGGUUUCAGGUCAAUAAUCUCAUCAGAAAUAGUUUACCAUGGAAAUCUACCAUCAACGUGUAGUGUCAUAACAGCUUGCUUAAUGAAUACAUUUGUCUGUAACAAAUGUUUAACACAUUUUCUAGAAGCAUGAAAAUAGAUCACUAUUUUUAUGAAGAGGACACAAAUAACCUUGAGGGAGAAAGAUUAGGAGAAGUAAAUGAGCAAGAAGCUGGCAGAUGGAGUAAAAAGUGGGAGAAUGUGAAGUGAAAAACUUUGUAUGGAAGAGUGAAAAGCAAGUGGUUUUCUAAAUGGAGUAAAGUUACAAAAUAAAGAAGUACCUGGGGAACUGGGGGUCAUCGUACAUGACACACAAAAAGAUAUUGCGAGGAAUUAAGUAUGUUAAUCAAAUGUUGGUUUUUACUGCAAGGGUUUAAGGGUGUAGAGUACAAAAGUAGAGAAAUAGUGCUGCCCAACAUUACGUGGUUACCUUAAGCACUAAGUAUUGUUUGAUCCUCCAUACUUAAAGAAUGGGUUAGAGUUGGAGGGGGAGGAGAGAGGUUCAUUUAAUUGAUUCUUCAGUUAAGGGGUACACGUGAAGAAAUGUUGGGCAGUUUAGCUCUAUAUACAUUGUAUGGAAGAAAAGAGGUGAUCUUAUUGAAUAUAAGGAAAAUUGGUAGGAGGAAUGGUAUUUCCCCUAGUGGUAUUAUCUAGAACUAGGUAUUGGUAACAUCUAGAACAUAGAACAGUACAGCACAGGAGAAGGCCCUUCGGCCCAUGAUGUUUUGCCAAACAAAUUUAGAAAUUAAAUGCCUAACUACACAAAUCACUUCUGUCUACACAAUGUUCCUAUCUGUCCAUUCUCUGCAUCUUCAUGUGCCUAUGUAAGAGCCUCUUGAAAGCCCCUAUUGUAUUUGCUUCCAUCAUUGCCCAUGCAGGGCAUUCCAGGCACCCACAAUGCUGUUUAAAAAAAAAGUUGUCCUGCACAGCCGCUUUGAACUUGCUCCCUCUCAGUUGAAACACAUGAUGUCCAGUAUGCGACAUAUCAACCAUGGGAAAAAAGAUAUUGGCUGUCUACUCUAUCAACGCCUCUCCUAAUCUUAUAAACCUCUAUUAGAUCUCCCCUGAGCCUUUGCUGCUCCAGGAAAAAAAUCAACCCAAGUUUGUCCAACCUCCUUUUAGCAAACCCAGGUAGCAACAUGGUAAGCCUCUUCUGAAACAUCUCAAAAGCGUCCACAUCCUUCCUAUAAUGUGACCAAAACUGAAUAUAAUACUUCAGUUGCAAUCUAACUGGAGUUUUAUAAACAUAAAUUCCAACUCUUGAACUGGAUACCCUGACUAAUAAAGCCAAGGACUGUAUACCAUUAGGUUCUUUAUUACUCUAUCAACCUGUGCAGCCAUGCAUUUGUUUAAUUAUGAGUAGUGUUGGAGUGAACAUGAUUAAAUGAAAAGACUUAUAAGAAGUGU